UGUGGACUCCCCCGGGAAGGGGUUCAUGUCGCGACCGCUCGCGGGACUAGACUCUCGCGUUUUUUCUUCUCUUCCAUAACCUCUCAGUGUCAUGUCGGAUGAACAACGCGUCGUCUACCUGGAAGAUGUCGACACCGCAGUAGUUUCGACUUCUGACGCGGAAAAAGCCUCCGAAUCACCUAGUUCAAAAUCACAAGAUGGCCCAGCCAAGGCCACAGUUACCGCAACACAGGCGACAGGCACCUUGAAAAGGCAGAGAACUCUCAUGGAUAUGCUAUCUGGAACACAGGAUUGCAAAAGUGCAAAGCCCGCGGCUAAGAAACUGAAGCUAGGCGCCUCGUCGUCAGGCCCCGACUCUGCUAAAAUUACGGUCGCCGGAGUUCAGCGUUUGAAUGCGAUACCUUUCUCUCUGUCUCAAUACGUCGAAUCAAUUCCGCAGGAUCAAAAACAUUUGCUAAAGCUAGAAUCCGAAUGCAUGGGCAAGAGCUGGUUGAAACUUCUAAAGGAAGAGAUCAAAAAGCCAUAUUUUAUCUCAUUGAAGAAGUUCCUGUGGGAGGAAGGAGUCCAUGGCCCUGAUGAGAGUGCUAAAAAUCUCAAAGUGUACCCUUCACCAAAAGAUAUUUAUGCGUGGUCUAACACGCCCCUCGGAAAGGUGAAGGUCGUAAUCAUUGGCCAGGACCCCUACCACGGUCCGAAUCAAGCUCAUGGCCUCUGUUUCUCCGUCCCCAAGGGCGUCACUGUGCCGCCUUCCUUGAAAAACAUCUAUGCUGAGAUAAAGGCCGAGUACCCCGAAUUCGAACCUCCUAAGCAUGGUAACCUCACAGCGUGGGCUGAUAAUGGUGUCCUCAUGUUAAACACCUGUCUUACUGUGAAGGCAAACAAAGCAGGGUCUCAUUCCGGCAAGGGCUGGGAAGAAUUUACUGACAAAGUUGUGGACGUAGUUGAUAAGUAUGGCGGUGCCAAUCUUUCGUCCGGCGGUGAUUCCGACAUGAACGGGAUUGGGCGUGGAGUGGUAUUCUUGGCUUGGGGGUCAUGGGCCGCAAAGCGUGUGGCUAAACUCAGCAAGACAAAACACUUGAUUCUUACUAGUGCCCACCCUUCGCCCUUUAGUGCUCAUAAGGGUUUUCUGGGCAAUGGACAUUUCAAGGCUGCGAAUGGCUGGCUGGAGAAGAAGUAUGGACCUCAAGGCAAAGUCGACUGGUGCAAUCUGGAUUAAUUGAACGCAUGGAAAGCAUAAUAUACCAACCUUGUUAAUAUACCUACGGGAGACGCAUUGUAUACAUUGCGUAGUUUUUGCUAGUGAGUCCCGACGAUA